AUGAAUGUAAGUCGCUCAUUACGGCGACUUGGUCUCCUGGCCUCCCGCGCUUCAGUGAGAAGCUUCUCAAGCUCCCUCCGAGUUCGGUCGUCCGCGCAACCUCCGCGGGGCUGGACCCCAACACCCUUCGUAACAGAGACAGUGGGAGGUGGCUGGCACACCUACGACAUCUUCUCUAGACUCCUCAAGGAACGGAUUAUCUGCCUAAAUGGCGAGGUCGACGAAUCCAUGUCCGCGUCCAUCGUCGCGCAGCUCCUCUUCCUCGAAGCCGAUAACCCACAGAAACCGAUCCACCUCUAUAUCAACUCCCCCGGGGGUUCUGUAACGGCCGGCCUCGCUAUCUACGACACAAUGACCUACAUCGCUUCUCCCGUCUCCACAAUCUGCGUCGGCCAAGCUGCCUCCAUGGGUUCCCUGCUUCUAUGUGGUGGAAACGCUGGUCAGCGCUACUGUCUUCCGCACUCGUCGAUCAUGAUUCACCAGCCGUCUGGUGGAUACUUCGGGCAAGCAACGGACAUUGCGAUUCAUGCGAAGGAGAUUCUGCGGGUGCGGCACCAGCUGAACCGGAUCUAUAAAAUGCACUUAACGGGGAAGAAGGAGAUGUCGAUCGAUGAGAUUGAGAAGUUGAUGGAACGGGAUUACUUCAUGGGGGCGCAGGAAGCGCUGGAUUUGGGGAUCGUGGAUAAGAUUCUGGAUCGCAGGGUUCAGAACCCUACGAACGGGGAAGGGGACAAGGACUAA